CUUAUUUUCGUUUCAAUUGUUCAUUUUCGAGGGCUAGUGUCAUAAAGUUACCGUAAAAAGCCAAUGCCGCAUUAAAGUAAAGUACGUUGUUGUGUUAUUCCCAAAAUAAAAGAAAUCAAUAAUCCACUAAAUCCCAACGAAAUCGGUGUGAAACAAAACGAUCCUCUAAAUCUAAAUUCAAUUCCUGGAAUCCUCCGAAUCCGAAGCCCGCAAGGAAACCACAUAAAACCUGAACAUAGCUCGAAAUUAAAAGCAAUUCAAUCUUAAGCGGGAGACGCUCUCCUGAUCGCUUGGAAGUUGAAGCCAAGCCUACUGCCGCUGCCGAAUAAUGAGUCGACAUGAAGGUGUCAGCUGCGAUUCAUGUCUCAAGAGCAACUUCAACGGACGGCGCUACAAGUGCUUGAUCUGCUAUGACUACGACCUGUGUGCCGAUUGCUACGAGGAUGGUGUCACCUCCACGCGCCAUUUGGUCGAGCAUCCCAUGCAGUGCAUCCUCACCCGCUCCGAUAUCGAGCUGUAUUUCGGCGGCGAGAUGCUAGCCUCCGACCAGCCGCAGAGCUUCACCUGUCCCUAUUGCAAGAAGAUGGGCUUCAGCGACGCCACCUUGCUGGAGCACGUCUCCGCCGAGCACACGGAGACCAGCCUGGAGGUGGUCUGCCCGGUCUGUGCCGGUCUGCCGGGCGGCGAGCCGAAUCUAGUCACAGAUGACUUUGCCGGUCACCUCACCCUGGAGCAUCGCCAGGGACCGCGCGAGCUGAUUUCCUUUCUGGACGAGCCCUCGGCCAUCCGUCAUGGCGGUGGAGUGCGCCGCAUCCCAGGACGCACCCUCGGUGGACCACGGACACGUCGGUCCAACAUGCACUUUAGUUCGUCUAGCGGUCUGUCAGCCUUGUCGCCUUCGGGACGGGAAUCGGUGGAUCCCAUCGCGGAACUAUUGUCGCAGCUUUCCGGCGUGCGGAGGGGCGGACCGCCCACAUCUCAGCUGCAGCAGCUACAGAUGCAGAUGCAGUUGGAUCGCCAGCAGGUGACGGCAUCGCGCCAAAUCGAUCGGCUGCCAAGGCGUGCGCAUCCCAUAGUCUCAACAUCGAACUCGAAUGCCGCCAUGGCCGAGGUGAUCAGCGGUGGAGCGGGCGGCAGUGGAGGCAGUGGCGCAGUUGGAAGCGGCAGCGGCGGCGGCAGCGGGGCCACUGCUCCGCCCAACCUGCGCACCACCGAGUGGCCGGUGACAGCAAGCUUCUCGACAUCGGCCAGCAAUCAUUCGCAGACUCAGUCGAGUCUGGCCGCCAACAGCCUCAAUGCCAGAGAACAGGCGAUCGGAACGAGCAGCAGUGCAGCCAGCAAUGUCCUGGGCAUCAGCGUGGGCGUCGGCGGAACGGCCAACUGCAACGGUGGAGCUGGUUCAUCCGGUGUGGGAGCUGGAGCUGGUGGAGCUGGACAGGCAGGAGGUCAGGGUGCGGUAGCUGGCGAGUCACUAUUGCUGGCCCAAUUCAUGCAGCCCACCUUCACCGAGGCCGAAUGGGCGAUCGUGGAGAGUAUGCGAGCAGAUCGCUCCAUGUUUGUGCAGUCGCUGAUGCUAUCGAUGCUCUGCACCGAGGCACUGGAUUUAAACGCCUCCGACGAGAGCCUGGCCAAGAGUGAUAAUGUAAAUAAGGGGCAACAGCAGCAGCAACAAGAGGAUGCCGAGGCCGAGGCGCAAGCGGAAACGCUGUUGAACAACAAUGCCGAUGUGGAGCAGCAGCAGCAACAGCCACAGCCGGCGAUGGUGCGACAGGUGAAUCAAAUGCAACAAACCUCGCCAGAGGACUUUGUUUGCGACGAGUAUCGCUAUAAAAACAAAAAGGCCAACACAACACAAACGAGCGGUACAGGAGGCGGAGGAAUCGGUGGAGUGGGCGGAGGAUUGGGGGGAGCAGGAGCAACUGCAGCCCCAGGUGGGGGUGCUAGUGGAGCUGGCACUAAGCCAACAGCUGAUAGAGGCAUCGAGAGGCGCAGCGGACGUCCGCCGCCAGGAGAGAUGGCCACGGGCUCGCAGCAGCCACAGCAGCAGCAGCAGUCCACGGGUAAUCCGGCGGCGUCUCAGCAAAAAUACAAACAGAAUGCGAAUGCAGCGACGGCGGCAAACACAAAUCAAAUUCCCGACACUAGGUAGUGCCUCUGAUGAUGAUCACCACAAAUUGCAUCAACAACAACAGUAACAGCAACCACACCCAAUGUAGCUGCAGCAGCCACAACAAAUCUGUCGUCACCACCACGAAACACCGCAACAGCAAAAGAAGCAGAAGCCGAAACAACAACAACAACAGAUGGAACUAGAACCAACACAGCCGUUAAAGUAACAACCGGAGUGGGGGAUAGCUGCUGCUCUGGAGAAAUCCGAAUCGUCUUAAGCAGUUGCUGACGCAAUCGCCGCAGCAAUUUCGUCAAAAAGGAAAACUAUAUUAUGUAUCGUUUAUUAAAUAUAUUAAAAUUUAUAUAAUUAUAAAAAGAUGAGAGGAUGUGCAGCAAGAAAAAUUAUUGUAAUCAUUGAAUUAAUUAUAAUUUAAAGAAACCACAAAA